UUCCAAAAUAACAGUCAUAAGGUCUUUGGCUGUUGAAUAACAAGCCGAAGUUAUCAUUUUUUUAGACAUAAUCGUAUGCUCUGAAUGCACAAACUCGUAAAAGCGCUGUCAUUUAUCGAUGCACUUCCCUACAAAUUAGUACACGGUGCCGUGCUGUAAUAUCUAGCAGAUAAUCACAAAAAUCAUACGCGUCGGCGUCAAUGUCAUUAUCAUUACGGUUACGUGAGCAGCGCGGCAGCCUACACGCUCCGCUGCGAUAAAGUGUUCGGAAAUAACACCAUGACGCUUAGCUUACCGCAUCAGUAAAAUUUUGACCGCGCGUACGUAGCGUACACGGUAACAAGCUGCCGGCCUGCGCUAGCCGCUUGUUUUGGCACACUUUACGCAUUCAUAUUUCAGCGUUCAUAAGGCGCGUGUCGGUUUUGUAAUUCAGUACUCAUUGGGAAAUUAUCAAAAUUUUUGACGGUAAAUCUCUUUGCUUCGACGCGUCGCUCGCGUUUAUUAAUUUCGUUUGCUUAUAGUUGAGUGCAAUUUGUGAUUAAUUUAUUACCGUUUGCUAUGAUUUCCGCCGCCUGAGAAUUUCGUCAAUAAAAUAGUGGUCCAAUUGCCAGAUAUUUCUUGUUAGCGGAACGCGCAAUACCGUCAGUGUAAGAACUUGAGUAUUUCAAAAUAAGAAAUGCCUCCAAAGGCGCCCUCAGCCGAGUCUAGGCUCUCAUCAUUGUUUGUGAUUUGCUUUCAAAUCCGGCCGCUGCUGCCGCUCAUGUUUUUUGCGCUUUUCGGUGUUUCUUUACGGUGGGGGCCAACUUUGUUUUGUUUUAUUUGAAUUGUUUUUUAAUGUGUGUAUUCCAAACCAAAAUUUUGUGUGUAGCAGCGACAACGGAAAAAUAUCUAAAAAACAACGUUACAAAUGCAGAAUAUAUCUCACAUUAUCAUCAGCACAACUUUACCUGUGUGGACUGGAUGCGCGCUCCCGAGGCGGCAGCGGGUAAUUGCACACGCUAUGGCCGCUAUGGUGCGCUGCGCUGUUAUGGUGGCAUAAGUAAUUUACCCACAAUACCCGAACAAAAGGUGCACCGAUUAGAGGAUAUCAUUUUCUGUGGCUGGCCGGAUCACGACUUCAAUCCCAUCACCGAUUUGCAGGCAUUUCCCAAAAUACGUUCGCUCACUAUCGAAUACAGCGAGAUGCAAGAGUUCGUUUUCGAUUUUCCCGAAAUGUUUUAUCUACAAAGCAUCAAUAUAUCAUGGACGAAUCUAUCUCAAGUAAAUGCUCGCACCUUCAAGCGUGUACAUGCCCUGCGUGUCGUAGAUCUACGUUGGAAUAAGUUGGUGCAAUUAGAUGGGCCACUCUUGUUGCCCCGCUAUUUCGAGAAACUCUACUUAGCUGGCAAUCCAUGGAAUUGUACGCGCAAUUUUAAAUGGCUCUUGAUACAAGAAAAGGGCGCCAUGGUUGUUGAUCGUGAUGAGAUCAUUUGCAUGGAUAAGAAGUAUAGAGAUCGUCAUAUGUUGACUGUGAUGAAUUUUAAAGUGAUGCUGCGCAAGGAAUGUCAAACGCACGAAGAUUUACAGAAUUGCACCUGCACAAUGCAUCACAUCAUUCCGAAGACGCGCAUACCACUCUAUACAAUCAAUUGCAGUAAUUUGCAAUUUCGAACAAUGCCCAGUUAUAUACCAGCAAAUACAACAACAGUGUAUCUCAAUGAUAAUGAGAUCACGGACAUAUUGCCUUUACGCAACAAUCCAUAUUAUCGCCAUGUAGUGGACAUACAUUUGGACAAUAACCGCAUUGAGACGAUUGAUGUGUUAGAAGGUGGCUAUUGGUUUGAGCACUUUCGCUUGCUCAGUUUGCGCGGUAAUCGAAUGCAAAAGUUACCCGUCUAUGCACUCGAUAACGCGUUGGACGACAAUCUCGACGCGAACCUCUUACUUCUCAGCGGCAAUCCUUGGCAAUGCACUUGCAUAUUUACAAUGCGUUUUCGCGAGAUACUCCUGAAGUACAAUGAAAUAACGCGAGAUGCCAUAAAUAUCACGUGCACCUAUAAAAACAGCAAUCCGGUGCGUCGCGCCAUUGUGCUCUCGCUCACACGUGAAGAUGUCUGCAAACCGGAAGAGGAAUCGAAAAUAUAUCCGCUCGAUAUGCUUAAUGCUGUGUUGGCCUUUCUUAUAGUCUUAAUCCUAAGUAAAUUAGCUUAUGACUACUAUUACUAUAAGAAUUUUGGGCGGGUGCCAUGGAUUGUAAUGAAGUUGCCAUAAAUGUGUUGUUCGAGGGAACGUACAAUUCCUCUGAUAUGUUAAAAAAUCUCCAAUUUGUGAUUAAUUUAGGUUUUUAAGUACAAAUUAUAUAUAUGUACUUAUUGAAAUGUGAACUUGAAACCCGUAUGUGAUUAUUUUAAAUAUAUUCUAUGUGAUGUACUUAAUAACAUAUUAGAAUGCCUUAGAGUAGCAAUACAAGUUUAAAAUAUAAAUUAAAACUGUUUUAAGUGAGAAUCAUCCUUAUUAUGAAAGGAACUAAGUGCUUAGCAAUUGAAAAAUAAUUUUUAAAUUAAAAACAAAUCAAUAAAGUUCAAAUAACGUAUUAA